GCGUGACGUCAGGCCGUUGGAGACAGGCAGCGAGAGGCCGCGGAGCAGCAGCUGUACGAGCACAGGGCGACGGCGCCUUUAAGAGAGGGAGAAACCGAAACAAUAAACCUUUCGCGGUGUGUGAAUGUUGUACGGACAAUGAAUUUAGUCGAUAUGGUUUUGAUAAAACUCUUGCUAUUGUUAUACUGUAUACGGAAUACCAAAGGUCAGCUGGGCACGCCCUUGAACAAGUACAUCCGUCACUAUGAGGGCCUUAGCUAUGACACGGACACCCUGCACAGCAAACACCAGAGGGCCAAGAGGGCCAUAUCCCACGAGGAAAAAUACAUCCACUUAGAAUUCCUCGCACACGGAAGACACUUUAAUCUGCGCAUGAGGAGAGACACGACGCUGUUUGCUCCAGACCUGAGAGUGGAGGUCUCCGGGGAGGAGCAGCCCUAUGACACCUCACACAUCUACACAGGAGAGCUCUACGGUGAGAAGGGGAGUAUGACGCACGGCUCCAUUGUUGACGGGAAGUUCGAGGGCUUCAUCCAGAGCCACCAGGGAACCUUCUAUGUGGAGCCGGCGGAGCGCUACCUCAAGGACCGCAAAGUGCCCUACCACUCAGUCAUCUACCACGAGGACGAUAUCAAUUACCCACAUAAGUAUGGAGCAGAGGGAGGCUGUGCCGAUGAGUCCAUUCUUGAGAAGAUGAAAAAGUACCAGGCCUCUGUCGUGGAGGAGCCAGACAAGCAUGAAGACGAGCGCUCUGAUGGCCCAGUGAUCCUGCGGAAACGCCGCGCUGCAUCUAAAGAACAAAACACCUGUCAGCUCUUCAUCCAGACCGACCACCUGUUCUACAAAUACUAUGGCACCAGAGAGGCAGUCAUCGCUCAGAUCUCCAGCCAUGUCAAAGCUAUUGACUCCAUCUACCAGGGUACAGACUUCCAGGGCAUCCGAAACAUCAGCUUCAUGGUGAAGAGAAUCAGGAUCAACACCACUACAGAUGAGCGGGACCGGUCCAACCCGUUCCGGUUCCCCAACAUUGGUGUGGAGAAGUUCCUGGAACUCAACUCUGAGCAGAACCAUGACGAUUACUGCCUGGCCUACGUCUUCACUGACAGGGACUUUGACGACGGGGUGCUAGGACUGGCCUGGGUCGGUGCUCCAUCAGGCAGCUCUGGUGGUAUCUGUGAGAGGAGUAAGCUUUACUCUGACGGGAAGAGGAAAUCUCUGAACACAGGCAUCAUCACCGUGCAGAACUACGCUUCCCACGUCCCCCCUAAAGUCUCACACAUCACCUUCGCACACGAGGUCGGACACAACUUCGGAUCACCGCAUGACUCUGGCAUUGACUGCACCCCUGGAGAGGCCAAAUCCCAGGACAAGAAGGAGCGAGGCAACUACAUCAUGUACGCCCGCGCCACGUCUGGGGACAAGUUCAACAACAACAAGUUCUCCAUCUGCAGCAUCCGCAACAUCACAUCGGUGCUCGAGAAGAAAAGGGGCAGCUGCUUCGUGGAGUCUGGCCAGCCUAUCUGUGGUAAUGGGAUGGUGGAGGUUGGGGAGCAGUGUGACUGUGGCUACAGUGAUCAGUGUAAGGAUGAAUGCUGCUUCGACGCCAACCAGCCAGAGGCCAACAAGUGCAAGCUCAGGCCUGGAGCCUUUUGCAGUCCCAGUCAGGGUCCGUGCUGUACCCCCCAGUGCGGCUUUAUGGGCGGAAGUGCCAAGUGCAGGAACGACAGUGAGUGUGCCUUCCAGGGCAACUGCAACGGCAUGACUGCCCAAUGCCCCUCGUCUAAGCCCAAAGAGAACUACACCAUCUGCCACAGCGAAACACAAGUCUGCCUCAGCGGGGUGUGCUCAGGGUCGAUCUGUUCUAAGUACGGGUUGGACGUGUGCACGUGUGCCAGCAAGGAGGGCAAGGAUGAGAUGGCAGAGCUGUGUCAUGUCUGCUGCAUGGAUAAGAAUAAGCCGGACACGUGCAGUAGUACUGGUUCAGAGAAGUGGCGUUCGUACUUCAGUAAUAAGGUGAUCACGCUGCAGCCUGGCUCGCCCUGUAACGACUUUAAGGGCUACUGUGACGUCUUCAUGAAGUGCCGCCUGGUGGACGCCGACGGACCCCUCGCCCGCCUCAAGAAGGCCAUAUUCAACCCUGAGCUCUAUGAGAACAUUGCAGAGUGGAUAGUGGCACACUGGUGGGCGGUGUUGUUGAUGGGCAUCGCUCUCAUCAUGUUGAUGGCUGGAUUCAUUAAGAUAUGCAGCGUACACACACCAAGCAGCAACCCCAAGCUACCCCCACCUAAACCACUGCCAGGUACGCUGAAGCGGCGGCGCCCCCCCCCUGCCCAGGCGCAGACCCAGCCGCAGCGGCACCAGCGCCAGCCCAGAGAGAGCUACCAGAUGGGGCAGCUGAGACGCUGAUCCCCCGCCCUCUUCUUGCCUUGGGUCUCUUAGUGCCUACCCUGCCAACAGUCUACUCCAAAGAGCUAGCAGUCAGCCCGGACGACAAACAUACACACACACACACACACACACACACACACACACACACACACACACACACACACACACACACACACACACAGACACAGACACAGACAAGUGGCUAUGUCGACACACACACACACUCACACUUUAACCAACCACCCAAACUGUGGUCCGCUCUGCUUUCUGUUCUUCUGUUUACCUCUCUGUGGAUGAGCGAUUAGAGCGAGACUCACAGCACUGCUGUUGCACGCACUGCAGACAGAGAGCAGAGGACGACAAGAAAGACCUGCAUGAAGAGGAGGAGUGAGGAGGAGGAGCACUCGUUUGUUUUCUGACCUCCGCUCUUCCCGGUUUUGUCUCUCUUCACCACUGCUCUCCAUUCAUCACUCGCUUUUUAUCCCAUAUUACCGGAUUACAGCUUUUCCUUUCUGCUGCAGAAGACAAACGAGAGGUUUUAUUCUUUCUUUUCUUUUUCUUCAUCUUUUCUUCCGCCUCUCUUUUUUUUCCCGGAUUCCUUUUCUGUUAUCCCUCAGUGUGUGUGGGGGGAAAAAAGCAACGCAGGUCACAUGGGACCACCAUCAGCCAAUCACGACCAAGAGACGUGGCUUGACACAGAGCUCAGAUUGGGCGGGACUUGAUAAUAAUUUUUUUGCCAAUGUAAUUUAAGAGAUGGAGUAAUUUUAAAGAACAGAGAAUCAAACUUACACACAAACCGCAGGCUUCUAUCCCUUUCGCUUACAUGGGCUGUUCGUUUUUUCUGCGUGCAAUUGUACAGAUAUAGCUAUGUAGACUUUCUGUUUCUGUUUUUGGUUCGACUUCUUUUCAGUCUGUUUCAUUUCUUCUGCUGUUUCAUAAAGAUUUAUGUACUGUUUUUACUCUCAGGAUUAUAAAAGACUAAUAAAGAAACGAGUGAUUGAUGUAGAGAGAGGUGAGGGAGAGGAAAAGAGAGGAGAGAGGGGUGAGAGGAAAGGAGGAGAGGAUAAGUACCAGCCCACAGGCAGAAGACAGGCACUCACAUCUGACCAGCAGGCUCAUCACAUCACUGCUUUCAGACAUCCACAGACAAGGGAGUGUGUGUGUAUGUAUGUGUGUGUGUGUGUGUGUGUGUGUGUGUGAGAGAGAGAGAGAGCGCGAGUGUGUGUGUGUGUGGGGGGGGGGAGAUAGAGAGAGGGGUGGUAAAGAGACUGUUUCUGUGUAAAAUAAUUCUGAGUAAAAGCCUUCCAAUGUGCACAGCGAGAAAAUAGGAAGUGGGAGUGGUCAGGAAGACAGAGGGGCGGAGCCUUAAGAGUUGCACAUGCCCAGUAGGGUUCAUUGUGUAUCGCUGAUUGUAGAUGCAUAGCAUUUGGUCUGAUUAUGAUUUCUCUUCUCUUGAAUCAUCCUCAUCAUCAUCACUAUUAUGAUUACUGUUGUACAGAUGUUAUUAUUGCUCUUUGAUUCCUUAUGUUUUUAGCGCUGACUCAUCAAGGCAUGUCAAUCAAAUGAACCACGGAAUAGCAGAAGACUUGCAGGAUAGGGGAUUACAGAGACAGGAAAGGAGGGAGGAAGAGAGAAAGUAAUAGAGAGAGAGAGAGAGAGAGAAAUGUUCACUCCAUUGUUCUUCCAUAUAGAGUAAUAUUGACAGCUGCCCUGACGCUGGCAUCAGUUUUUCAUGUGCGAGUUUGAGUGUUCGUUAAGUGUGUGUGUGUGCGUGCGUGCGUGUUAGAUGAAACCUCCAGUCAGACCUUCACAUUUAGUCAUGUUCUGUGUGUGUGUGUGUGUGUGUGUGUGUGUGUGUUUGUGUGUGUCGUUCGAUGACGCCUCCUGUCUAAGCUUCACAUCACUCACGUUGGCAACUCAACGCUGACCUUUUUCCAUUUCCAUCCAGCACUCAGAACUGCUUCCUCACUCUAGACAGCUUCCUCGCUCACGGAACGUCAUGUUGUUUUUUUUCACCGAAUGCCCAGUAAGAAUGUGAACACAGCUCCAUCACUGAAAUCCUCCCUUUGACGGCGUAUGUCCUUGUGUGGCCUCCUCUACCUUAUGUCAAGCUUUGGCAACAGCACUAGUUUAUAGGGUUUGGGGCUUUGCAUGGCAAGUUGCAGCAGAUCACAGCUCCCAGGCCAGGCUUUGCUAAUGUAUUUAUCGAUUGAGUGAUUGAUUGAGUGAUUGGUUGAUUGAUUGAUUGAUUCUUCCUUCCAUUUUGAAAGGCCAAUUGUAUUGAUCUCCCUCCUCUGGCCACUCCGAUUGGCUAGGCAUGAUCACAGGAUGCCGUUUCCCUCAAAGCCCAACCGACAUCCAUUAGCCCAGAGGAUCCGCACCUCAGAGGAUUGUGGGUAACAGAUUGUAGUAGUGGCUCAACUUCAGGGUCAGGGUUUGUUUUUGUCAUCCCUUUCCAUCGGUCUCUGAAGGUCAGCAUGGCGACCUGAGGGAGGCUGGCAGUGGCUUAAACUCCUUGAGAGCACCUCUGACCUUUGACCUGGAGGAUAGCAAAAUGCUCUCUGUUUUCUGUGGUCAUCUUUUGUUGAUUUUUUGGAUGGCACCUGUGACAUGGACAGACCUCUCUCUGGUAGCCAUGGUGGGGACUCCCCCAGUCACACAUGACCUCUGACCUCUGCACGGAGCUAACGUGAGACUCACCACUCUCCAGUCUGGCCUCCCUAGCUUCUCCCUGUCCUGUUCCCCUCGUCCUGUCGUCCCUGCUGCGGGCCAUCUGUGAGGCCCGUGGGACGACUGACAGACUUAUUUACGUCGUUUCCUUAAUCAAAGCGCUCAUAUAGCUGUUGCAGCUGUACGCUGAUCCAUCCGCUUCAGUUGGGUUGCUUUUCUUUUUUCGUUUAUCUCUUCUUCUGUGGUAAUGGGGGGUGGGGGUGGGGGGGGACUGGGGAUCUUCCGGUUCUUUCUUUAAGGUGUUUCUGCUCGGAGACUCUGCACUGAGAGGAGUGACGAAUGCAUAGGUAACAUUUGUGAAUGGGGGAGGGGGGGGGGGGGGGGUGUAUGCAUCGUAACAUUUUGAAAAGAGGGGAAGGUGAAAGUCUGAUACUACUGUCUGAAUUUUAAAAGCCGCUGUGUUUUAUACAGUAUCCACUUUCUUUGUUUCACUUGUUUUGUUUUGUUUUUUCCUUCCAUUGCGCUCACUUUGGAAGUUUUUACUAAAUUUGCAAAAAGUAUGGUGCAAAGAUAUGUAAUUUUUUGAAGUACUUGAAAAUGCAUUAAUAAAAAUAGAACUUGAA